CAGUCCAAUCCCCUUCCCAGAACGCGCAGUCUCGCCCUCUCAUCUUUCUCCACAACGUCCUACCUCAAUGUCUUCCGUCUCCUUCUCUGGUUCCGCUUCGGACACACGUAAGAAGCAAGCAAAACGUGACGAGGCUAUCCGCAAGAAGAUAGAGUCUGACCUCGCCCGCAAACGCACCAUCUCACUUAAUAACACCCAAAGCAGACCUAGUGGUCGGAAGAAACCUUCUGCGCCGAAAGGCUCUGUCGCAGCACUCAAACCGAGUCCCGCACUCACCGUUCCAGAGGGAAUCACAGUUUCAGACGCAAGUCAACUAUGUGCAGCAAAAAGGACGGACUGCGUUCUCGUCGUUGAUGAAGAGGAGGGACUUAGCGGUAUAUUCACUGCCAAGGACCUUGCUUACAGGGUCACCGCAGAAGGCCUUGAUCCGCGUUCUACACCCGUUAGUGCGAUUAUGACGCGGAACCCAAUGGUUACGAGAGAUACAACCAGCGCGACCGAGGCUCUUCAACUUAUGGUUACGCGGCACUUCCGCCACCUGCCGGUCUGCAACGAAGAAGGCAACGUCGUUGGUCUACUUGAUAUCACCAAAGUCUUCCAUGAAGCACUGGACAAAGUCGAACGCAGUUCAUCUGCUUCCGAGAAGCUGUACCAUGCUCUGACCGGCGUGCAAACAGAGCUUGGCCCAAACAUGUCUGCAAACCCACAGGCGGCGGCUAUGCUUGCUUACGUCGACGCUUUGCGCGAGAAGACUGCGCUUCCGGAUCUCACAAGCGUCAUGGACUCGCGUACGCAUCCGGCUACUGUUAGCCCCAAGACGACGGUCAAGGAAGCCGCGAAGCUCAUGAAAGAGAACCGUACGACCGCAGUUUGUGUUAUGGAAAACACGGGCGUCCCCGGUGCUCCUCCGCGUAUCGCGGGUAUAUUCACGAGCAAAGACAUCGUGCUGCGCGUUAUUGCUGCUGGUCUUGAGCCUUCUCGCUGCAGCGUGGUUCGAGUGAUGACGCCCCAUCCGGACACCGCAGCGCCGACAAUGAUUGUCCAGGAUGCACUUAAGAAGAUGUACAAUGGCCAUUACCUCAACCUUCCGGUUGUGGAGGCAGAUGGGCGCUUGGUGGCUAUAGUAGAUGUAUUGAAGCUCACGUACGCUACGCUCGAACAGAUGGACCAAAUGGCCGCGGAAACAGGCGUAGAUAACUCUGGCGGGCCCAUGUGGGGUCGCUUCUUCGAGUCGAUCGGGCACGAUGAUAAUGACUCAGCGAUAUCGGGUUCAAACGUCCCUACAGACAUACACUCUCCACCUCCAUAUCCAGAUUCGCCGAUGCGGCACUUGGCACAGACGCCGGAAGUAGGACCAAACGACUCUGCAUCUGUUGUGGAUGAUGACCACGACCAUGGCGUCGGCGGGUUUUCAGGAGCAGGAGUUGGCGAACCUGCGCCGGUCGAUGAUGGGACUUACGUUUUCAAGUUCAGUACACCCUCCAAGCGCACGCAUCGCUUCCAGGCUCGUUACGACGACGUUGAGCAUUUGCGUGAAAUCAUCAUCGGCAAGCUCCAAAUGGAUCCUUACUUCACAUCAUCUACUACCACUUCAUCUGCUUCUCCCGCCGCCGCCGCCGGCGGAGACGGAUCAGCAUCAGCGGCACAAGCAACGGAGAACGCGCCCAAGACGGAAGAUUUCCAGAUGUACUACAAAGACGCAGACGGGGACGACGUGUAUAUCUCACACAGCGAGGACCUCUCCGAUGCAGUCAAGAUCGCUCGUCGAGCAGGUGUCGAUCGGGUCGUUCUCUUCUUACACGGCGGUUCUUCUUGGGUUCUUCCCAAACCAGCACAACCCGAGCCAACACCAGCUCCUGUGAUUACUGCUACGCCGAAAGGCGAAGCAACAAUCGCACCCGCCAGCGAACUCUCCGCGAGCGCCGUCCCCAGCGUCGACACUAAGCAGUCAGAGACGAGUAAGACUACUUCCGCGUCCGUUCCAGGCGGCGCGGACGACGGCGUUCUCGGUAUCCCACGCGACCUACUCUUGCCCGCGAGCAUCGGCGCGCUAGCAGUCGCUAUCAUCGCAGUCUUCACCAUCUCGCGUCUAUCUGACUGA